UCCAGUUCAUCUGACAUCCAGCUCCCGCGUUUGAGCAGUCAAAACAUACCUACCAGACAGACAGUGAACAGGCAAUUCCCGUAUUCGCGUUACGAGUUUCAAGUUUAAGCUCAGACUCAGACUCAGAUUCAGACUUGAGGCGCUGACUCAAAAACGAGGAGACUCAGUGCUAAACGGCAACGCGACGCGAGUGGACGAGUUUCUGUCUAGCUGAGAUUUAUUAAUAAGCCAAGCCUAAAGUAUUCGAAAGAAAAAACAAAAACGCAAAGAGUGAGACACGGGCGGAAACCAGAUAGAGCUACAAAAUGUUUACCAAAUUCGUAGCACCUUGCUUGCUGCUGCUGCUGUUGCAAGUUACAUUGAGCCCUGCACAGCUGAUUACGCUAAAAGAUGGCAAGGUAGGCGUCAACUUUGCCGGCUACCAUGCGGAUGCCGGUUUAGGCGGCCUUCUAACGGGUAACUCUGCCCACGGCGGACUCAGCGCAUCGGCGGGCACUCCAUGGGGAUCGCGUGCUGCCGCCGGUCUCGGCGGUGGUCUUAACGGACGCACAGCUGGCGGCGCAUAUGCCGCAGCCCAGGCCAAUGAUGAGGUGGGCGCCAGCGCUGUGCUGGGCGGCAGCGUUGGGGAACACGGUUACAUCGGCGCUGAGUCCCAUCGGCCGGGCAAAACUUCCGGCUCCUCUGCUCAGAUCACACCACAACAUUUGACCGCAGCGCCUGUACCAUUGGAUGAUCAACCAGCUGUGCUGCCCACUCGAGCCACGUAUGUGCAGCGUGUCAAGCCGCCAAAGAAGUAUUCGCUGAUUGCCCCAAGCCACUCAUCGGCCAAGACGGUGGCCACAUCCAAGACCUAUGUACAGAGACCACAAGUCCAAAAGCACGUCGUUGCGCCUCAGGUUCAGGGCAAUGUCGUUGGCAGCGCACUCGAGAUUCCCAUCGGCAUUUUGCGCUCCCUGCAGGUGAGCCUCGGCAACUUGGCCGGCGGCGGCGUUCAGCAGGUUCAACAGGCCCCCGUUCUACCCUAUCAGGGCUAGGUGCUAUGCCCCUUAAAGUCUAUUUGUGUAUGUUUCUUAAGCUUAUACUCAAUAACACAUUAUAAAACGAAAAUAAACGAACAAUACUAAUAUAACAGUAUAA